AAACUCUGUGUCUCUCCCCAGCCUGUCUCCCCAACUCCCUCCUGCAUUCUGCCACCGCCCCCCUUAGAUGUUAGAAGUGCUUGCAGAGCAGAGUGCCCAGGGAAGAGCUGGACUCCCUGAAUUGCUUUGCGCAAAAUCCACCCCUCUCCUCUCCCUCCUCUCCAGACUCCGCAUCCCCCACAGCCCUCCCUCCGCGAGCCUGUCGCUGUGGGGUUGGGGACGUGCCUCUGUGUACUACUAAAGUGGGAGGGGGCAGCAAGCGGAAGAUCAUGUCAGAUGCAGCUUCCCCCUUCUGCCUGACGCUCCCCUCUGGUUCCGCCAGAGUUGGUCCCUGUAAGAAAUAGCCGGAGCUGUAGCCGCGGCGAGAGAGAGCGGCUGAGGCGCGUGGAACCCGAAAAGUCCGGGAGCUCCGGGUUACCUCGCGUCCUGGUCCCCGGCAGGCCGUCAGCACCAUGGACAGCAGCGCCGUCCCCGCGAACGCCAGCAACUGCAGCGAUCCCUUCCCGCGGUCGAGUUGCCCCCCAGCACCGAGCACCAGUUCCUGGGUCAACUUGUCCCACUUUGAUGGCAACCUGUCCGACCCGUGCGGUCCGAACCGCACCGAGCUGGGCGGGAGCGGCGGCCAGUGCCCUCCGUCCGGCAGUCCUUCCAUGAUCACGGCCAUCACCAUCAUGGCCCUCUACUCCAUCGUGUGUGUGGUGGGGCUCUUCGGAAACUUCCUGGUCAUGUACGUGAUCGUCAGAUACACCAAAAUGAAGACUGCCACCAAUAUCUACAUUUUCAACCUUGCUCUAGCAGAUGCCCUGGCGACCAGCACCCUGCCCUUCCAGAGUGUCAAUUACCUAAUGGGAACGUGGCCGUUUGGCACCAUCCUUUGCAAGAUUGUGAUCUCCAUCGAUUACUACAACAUGUUCACCAGCAUAUUCACCCUCUGCACCAUGAGUGUGGAUCGCUACAUCGCAGUCUGCCACCCAGUCAAGGCCCUGGAUUUCCGUACUCCCCGAAAUGCCAAAAUUGUCAACAUCUGCAACUGGAUUCUCUCUUCUGCCAUUGGUCUGCCUGUGAUGUUCAUGGCAACAACAAAAUACAGGCAGGGUUCCAUAGACUGCACCCUGACGUUCUCUCACCCGACCUGGUACUGGGAGAACCUGCUGAAGAUCUGUGUUUUCAUCUUUGCCUUCAUCAUGCCCGUGCUCAUCAUCACCGUGUGCUACGGGCUGAUGAUCUUGCGCCUCAAGAGUGUCCGCAUGCUCUCGGGCUCCAAAGAAAAGGACCGGAACCUGCGGCGCAUCACCAGGAUGGUGCUGGUGGUGGUGGCGGUGUUCAUCGUCUGCUGGACGCCCAUCCACAUUUACGUCAUCGUCAAGGCCUUGAUCACCAUCCCAGAAACCACGUUCCAGACGGUCUCCUGGCACUUCUGCAUUGCUCUGGGUUACACAAACAGCUGCCUGAACCCAGUCCUUUAUGCAUUUCUGGAUGAAAACUUCAAACGAUGCUUCAGAGAAUUCUGUAUCCCAACCUCUUCCACCAUCGAGCAACAAAACUCCACUCGAAUCCGUCAGAACACUAGAGACCACCCCUCCACAGCCAAUACGGUGGACAGGACCAACCAUCAGCUAGAAAAUCUGGAAGCAGAAACCGCUCCUCUGCCCUAAUGGGGUCUCCUGCCAUUCAGAGCCUCCCUGAGCUUAGAAGCCUCUAUCUAUGUGGAAACGAGUCACUGUGAGAUGGACAGGAGCCUGAGAUUCCUAGGCAAGCGCCUGCUUCCGAGUCCUCCAGUCUGUCCUCUCUGGCUUCCCCACUCUGCACCUUAUAGGGACAUGCAAACUCUAUCAAGCCCUUGAAAGGAAAAGAGUACAUCCCACCCAUGACCCCGGCUUGAGUACAUCAUCACAAGGAAGUCGCCCGAGGGGACCACAGUCUGCCGUGGUAUGUGAAUUGGGGUCAUCGUUGAUGGUGGCCCUUCUGUACUUACUAUUCUGUUGCCAGCAAAUAUUUAUGACCUGGUCAAACAAAAACCACCAAUUGUUAAAUCCACCACAGUAACACAUAAAGUAAACGCUACCUCUGACCACGCACGUCUUGUGGAAAGUCCCAGUCUCUCUAAUCUUUUGUGAGGUGAUCUAUUUGUGACCCUAAUGUUCACCUUAAAAUUGCCAUCUGGUUAAGACACCAUUUGCACUUCCAUGUCUUGGUUUCCUAUCGUCUAAGAGACAGUAAUGGAAAGGCAAGAGAUGAACAGAAAAGCUCAUCCAGGAAUGCGUCGACCAGCUGCAGAAGGGUUGAUCUCCCACAGGGCAAGCACCUCCUGAGAGUCACAGGAGGUGACAGUUCCUUAGGCUGUCAGUGUUCCCUUGCUGGCUGUCAUUUAAGUGCUCACAGAGGGUAACAGUCAGCCCACCAACUCAUCGUUUCAUGCCCAAGAAAGCAGAACGCUGGAACACACUCUUCCCUUCUCACUCCUCUCUCCACACUGUACACAGUAUUUUCCUUUUUUAAAACUCAGCUCAAAAUACAGACGCCUUUUGAAUCAGUGUGAUAAAACGACAGAUGUUUCUGUUGAGUGCCAGAAUAGUUUCAAUGGUUUUUUAAAAAAAUAUAUGGACUCGAUAAACCUAAUCACAAAACAUGAAAGACUCAAACAACCACAGAGGAAAACAGGCAAUCUGCUUUCCAACCUUGUUUAAUUACUUGGAUGUGAAAUAUUCACCAUGGCCCCAAACCGUUUCCCUGAACACUACAAUUAUGUAAUAAUAUCAUCACCAAUAUUUGGGUCUUUUCUGAGCUCUGCUAAUGGUCAAGUUUUCUUUGUAAAACAUCAGUCUUCUGAGUGGUUUCUCUAAGACAAUUCCUCUCCUAGACUGGCUUUCUUUGUGGUGAUACCAGUGGAGACCUGGUGAAUGCCCGUUUCAUUUGAUCUGUGUAGACAGCGAGCUGGACGGCCCUGCUGAGCAGCCACGUUGCACGUCUGUCUAAAUACAUCCAGUGCACUGCCACUGCAGUUAUCUACAAAACACGGCUCCUGCUCCCCUUGCAAGUGUUCUGGAGCCCAUGAGCUGCUAAGAGACUCAACUGUAAAAUGUGUAUCCUUUUAUCAAUCUAACGAGACACAAAUACACUGCAGACAUCCACAGGCAAUGCACACAGGAGACAGCUGUCAGGGAUCAGAAGGACUGAAUUUUCCAUCUCAGAUCCUGCCAGCUGUAAUCAUGUGGGCCCAAGCCCAGGAUCCACUACAGGAGAAAAAAACAAAAGCCAAGAUAAAUGUUUUAACGCUUCCUCCUGACGAUGCCUUGUGUUGGUCUCUGGUGAGCUCCAUUUCUCAAGUAGAUAGAAACACAUAAUGUUAAAUUUUUUUUUCACAUUUUCUGAUAAAAGUAAUUAAAAUCAGAGCCUGAAAAAGAUUUAGAGUUUUAAUGCAGAAAAUUGCAAAUGAAACACACUAAGGGAGAAUGAAGUAUUUGUACAUAAGUAGUGGGGAGGAGGAUUCUUGCUUUGAAAGUGCCAUGAUAAUAGGAUUUCUCUCAAGAAAUGGUUUCUGCACAGAAGGCUGUUUCUCAGCCAUCCUCCUUCUGCCUGAUGAGCCUCUCUCAGUAUGAAUUGUCCAGCACGUGGUUGAGGCAGUCCAGUCUUGAUAGAGGACUUGGUCCAACUUUUCCUACAAGCGCAUCUGUAUGCAAAAGGCUCUUCCAUGCCAUCUCUUAGAUGCUGCAUAGAACGCACAAUGAAAGGCUUCAUCUUACAAACAGGACAUUCUAAAUAACACAUUGUUGACAUUUUGCCUGGAAAACCAUUUUUGUUGUAAAAUUCAUGACAAGCAGAGAGGUAACAACUUAGGUGGGCUACAGCUCCUUGUAAAGAUGAAGAUAGAGAAAACACGGGAUUCUGUCUGUUCUUCCUUCUUAUUUCACCCCUUAGGGAUGGGAUUGCUUCCUAGGGUGGUUUCCCAGGGACACAGACUGCAGACAGGAAGCAGAAGUCUUGCUACUUUGAUGACUUGGGGUAGGAGGGCUAGUUGGCUGUGUCCAAAGCAGUGCUGGCCUUUACUUCCGUCUCCGCCUUCACCUCACUGCUGUUUUGCCCCCAUGUCCUUCUUUCCCUACCCAUCACUAGAAAGGAAAGAAGAGAGUGGGGAGACCCAGCUGGGGUAAGAGUGACUCCAGGGAUCCAUGGAGGAAGCCUGUGGGGAGCAGCUCAGAAGGGGACUGGUCACGCUUUUAUUUUAAACAUUUUGCUGUAAUGUUCUGGAUUAAUCUUAAUUGGUUGACAUGGAAUAUGUGUUUGUGAAGAUACUCAAAGCCUGGGUUUUAAGGUCCUAUAGAUCUGCAUCUGAAGACACGUUGUGAAAGUGUUUUGGUUUGUGGUUUCGAACAGUAAAUUUCAGUUCUCCUAGCUUCUGUCUUCUCUUAAAAGUUCAGAUAAUAACAGUCAACCUCCUUGGGUUGUGAUCAGGAUCAAGGAAGACAACGUUGUCAACAUUUUUGCCGCUGUGACUAAAAGACCCAACCAGAAUAAUUGUAGAGGAGGAAGAGUUUGUUUGAGAGCUCACAGUUUUAGAGGCCUUAAUCCAUAGAAGACUGGUUCCACUCCUCAGGGCUUGAGGUGAAGCAGAACAUCAUGGCCAAAGAGUAUGGCAGAGAGAAGCAGCUCACAUGAUGAUCAGGAAGCAGACAUACACCAGAUACAGAAGCUAUACCCCAUAGGCAGGCCCCCAGUGAACCACCUCCUCCAGCCACACCUUACCACCUUAGUUACCACUCAGUUAAUCCCUAUCAGAGGAUUAAUUCACUGAUUGGGUUAAGGCUCUCAUAACCCAAUCCUUUCUCCUCCAAACCUUCUUGGAUUGUCUCCCACGUGAGCUUUUGGGCAACACCUCACAUCCAAACCAUAACAAACAAACGUAUAUAAAAAGCUUGGCCUACCAGGUAGUAAAUGCUCCCUAUGUGUCGUGAAAAUUAUAAAUGAAAACUAUCAAUGUCGAAGAAAACAAUAGGCAGACGAAACCUCAAGGGAAUCAUCCCUGGGAACCAUCUCUGAUCACUUUUGGCACAAAACCCUGAGAAGUGCCUCCUUUUCUCCCUGUUGGAGAUGGUUCAGAAUCAUAGUGAGAGAACAGGGCAGGCAGGCUGCAUUUAAGAAGACUAUAUCAUUAAGGUCCAAUGGUGGGACAUCUGUCCAGGAGCCAAUUGAAUUUAAUCAAUUUAAAUUCAAUUUAAAAAUUUCAACCCACAGUCAUUGUUCUCCAUUGUCAUCAAAAUGUUUAAAAUAUAAGGAAUUAUGAACAUCAAUAAAUAAGCAAAGAAAUAAGAAAUAAGCCAACCCAGAUGCCCAACAGCUCCAUGUGCUACAGUGUGUGGCAGUAUUCAAGUUCUUGUCAUGGCACUUCCUAGACGAGGAAGCAGAUGGUCCAGUUAAUUUCAUUCAUCCAAUACAGUGCCAUGUGAAGGUGCAUCACAAAUAAAAGAACCUAGGCACCACUGACACUGAGAUUUAGGACAAUGAGAAGUGGAUUAAGAGGGUAUUGAAGAUGCGUAGCUUAUAACAAAGUACUUUUCAAAUAACAUUGAAUAAAUGCUGUGUAUGCAUUUUAAAGGAAUUUUUAGCACUCUGAAAACAUUAAAAUUAAAUAUAUCAAUCUUUGAAAGCACCUCUUAACUCAAAUAUAUGAAUGGAUGCUUCCAGACCCUGGGCACACAUUCUAAGGUAAAUUAAUCUUCCAGCAUUCUUUUCACCACACAGUGGAUACAAAUUUAAUCACAUAUGUUUCAACUCAUUUUGCAUUUCCUCUUAGCUUGGAGUAACCAAGAAGUUCACUAAAGUCUGCACAUGGAAUUGCACUCACACUUUACAAAGCUACAGAGGAAGUUGGGACAGUUCCUGCUUCUUCUGCAUUUUGAGAGAUUCAGGUUUGCAUUUCAGAGUCAAACCACCUGAAAAUAAUCCUUAAAAUGCUCACGUCUGCAAGUCCUGGACUCGGCACCCAGGGAAGCCAGUUCCCCUUUAUCUCUCAAACUCUAGAAAUGCAGUGUGUCUCUGAUCCAUUCACAACUGAGAGCAUUUCAUUACGCUGAGACAAUUAAAACUCUGCUGCAAUCCAGUGAGAUGCUCCUAGAUGACACCAUGGGGUCUGAGGCAGGCAGGAUUGUGUAUUUGGGAAAUGGGAAUGGAGAACCAAGUAGAACCAAUGCAGGGUAAGAAAGGAAGGGAGCACUUGCCAUUUUUAUUUUCCUCCCCUUGGAAUUAGUUAGCUUCACACCUUACUACACUCAAAGAAAAUAGUUGGCAUGAUCACCCUUUAUCUAAAGAAAUCAUCUUUAAAAGUACUCAGAUGUUUUGUAGAGUAGGUAGCCAUCUAGUCAAAAUUGCACAGAUUCUGUAAGAUCUUUCAGGGCCACAUUGGAGCACCAGCAGCUUCACUAGAUGGUUUUACUGACCCGGUUUUCAGGAAAAGUUCUGUUCUUAUUAGAACACCACAGAAGCUAAACCAGUCCUCUGGUAUUGUAAAAAUUACCAAGAUUGAUCAGAAUAGUUCCAGAUGUUUCAAUUCAACCAGGUUGUGUUUAAGAAUACUGUCAUAAAGGUCAAAGGCAAAAGCCCAUCAAAGGGCCUGACUGUGGAACAUCUGUCCAGGAGCCAACUGAAUCUAAUUAGAAAAAAAAAUUUCAACUGACUUUUUCAAAAUUUAUUUUAUUUUUUUAUUUGUUCUAAUUAGUUAUACAUGAGAGUAGAAGGCACUUUGCUACAUCAUACACAGACAGAAUAUAAUUUCUCACUCUUCUGAUUGUAUAUGAUGUGGAAUCCUUUCUGUCAUAUAAUUAUAUAUGUACAUAGAGUAAUAAUGUCUGAUUCAUUAUACUAUCCUUCCUACCUAUUUAUCCCCUCCCCUCCUUUCAUUCCCCUCUACCUAAUUGAAAGUAACUCUAUUCUCAGGUGAUGUGUCUUCAUUUUUGGUUUUGAAAUAAUGGUGAUAUCAAUCAUAUCCCGAAAAGGAGGAUAACCCAUUUUUGUGGUAAUUGAAGUUGCCUGUCUCUGUAUGUCUUAAUCACUUAUGGUCACCCAGAACUGUUUUACAAAUCAAAUGUACUUUACUUCUCAGCCCGCCAUCAUGUGUGUGAAAUCUAGCCUGUCUCAUUGAAAAAGAGAUCAACUGCUCAAGUUCCAACUAAUAGUAUUACCUUCUUAGCAAUAUAUGCAUUGCCUAUAAAGAAAAAAAUGCAUUCUUUUAAGAUUUCAGAGAGGGAGCCCAGCUAAAGCACACUGGAGACAGGGGAAAUUCACCUCUUGGCGUGCACCAUAAUAAAAAUGUUUAGCAACAAAAGGUGUCUCAGGAAAAGGCUGUUUAAAAUAUUGUCUACCACUUCCUUCUUGUCUUGAAAUUGGGGUUUUGAAAAGACCGAGAUCUUUAAAGCAGGCUAUUACCUUUUGCUUUAAAUGCAUAAGUGUUCAAUUUGCAUUACCCGAUAAUGUUAGGAAAUUUCCCAUGAAUACCAGAGUUACGAAAUACUAACUGGAAACGAGAGAAGAAGUGGUAUGAACCAAGGAAGAAAUAAGUAGAAGAGGAAGGGCAGAAAGUGAUGGCUUAGAUCCCCGGUGAAACUGAACAUAGACGACACAUAUGCCCAUCAGCAAGAGUGAGAUUCAUUAAUUUAAUUAAUUUGGUCAAUGAAUACCAGAGAGAAGAGAGAGGAGAUUACAUGUGUGUGACCUGGUGGCUGUGAUUUUCCUACCCAAGAAGUCAAAGCAGAGGACUCUGAGAAAGAGAACAGCCACUGUUUUCCUCCCCUUGGAGGGUAGCAGAUGUGCCCCACCACUGCAUGAUAUUAGCAGGGCUCUCCUUGCCCUGGUCGCCUCUGGAGACAGGCUUCUGGUUUAGAGAUGCUUUUCUUAGUUCAUAUCUGGUUAUGGUGGCCAUGUCACCACCCUUCACUUCUGUGACAUCAAAACAACCAUGCCUAUGAAUUAGCAGGUGCCUUUUCUAUCUGCAAGUCUGGGUGGAGUUGCUGGCCCUGUUCUUGGCAGUUCUGCAUUAGGAAGCCUAAUUGCAGGUGCUGGGUUCUCUGUGAGCCCUCUGAAGUUCUCCAAGAAGAGGUGAGCCAGGGGACCCUUCUGGACUCUGAGUGACAUUAGCGUCCUCACUUUCCCUUAAUGAGAAAGCACCAUUGCACAACACAGACUUGAGAGCAGUAUUAAACUCUGUGCUUUUCUUCCACCCCCAGACGGUACAUAGGGCUUUUCUUCUGCCCUGUUCCAAGACGUCUUACUUUAAAAUUACUGAGCAUUAUCGUCUAAGGAUUCUGACUACCAGAGACUUUCAAAAGAGAGACGGCCCCAUCUCUAAUGUGCAUUUGGGUAAAAGGAACCAUUGGGGUUCCUUUUGCCCAGUUUUUUGAGAGGUUGUUGUUGUUCUUUGUUUCCUUUUUGAUUUGGAGAUUUGAGGUGGAUGUUGUUUGUUAUUUGUCCUUGUAUUCAGAGUUCUUCCCUUCUCCCUAAAAUGCCCCUCUCAUCACAUGACAAUAUUCUCCUUAGAAUAAGACCCAAAAGCCUUUCCUCUCUCUCCUGAAUGGAUUUUCUUUUGCAGUGACCUCUGUAGGAGGUCAAUACCACCAGUUGAGAGGUGCCUAUGCCAUGACUUGACACCAUAGCAGGCCACCCACAAUCCCCAUUUCUCCUCCUGAGGUCUCCCUCUAUCCAUCAUUUUGAUAGAGAGCCAGUCAGAAUUCAAUGUCCAAUAUCCUACCAGCACUAGAAGCCCAUCAGCUGAUUCUUGUUCCCCUGCCUCUCUGCAGGUGGGAAACCUGACUCCAAUUGCCUGCUCCUGCAUCUGCAGGGGUCCGCUUGGAAAACAGGAGAAUAACAAGGCUUCCUGUUACUCCUUUGGCUAUGAUACAAUUUGUUCCCAUCUGCCCCCAGGCUCACCCCUGCUCAAACUCAGUGGGGAGCUGCUACUGAUCACUACUGUAUUAACUCAAAACUCAUUUGCUUUAUGGAAAUUUAGGGCCCUUAUUUCCACCAGGGAAUAGAGAAAGCCAACAGGCCUCCUACCCAGCUGGUAUUUUCCAUGCAAGCUACUGCAUCUAUAAAAUUAGAUUCAAAUAACAGGUUAUUUUCAGGAUUUAUAAACUCGGUAUUGGAAAGAGUAGUUGGGCAAGUGUUCUCAGAAUCCCCUUUCUAUCUAUGAAUCAAUUGCAUAACUUCUGCAAAGGCUGGGGAAAAAAAUUCUUGAGAAAAAUUUGAGUUUACCUGAAAACUUUCCAUUGCUUUUGGGUUUUGUUUGUUUUAAAUAGAUCCCAUCCAUUUAUUCAAAGGAAAAACAUGGGGGUGGAGUUAAUCCUGAUCACGUGAUUCCUUUUUCACUUUUAGAAUGAACUCAUCCCUUCUAACCAAAUCUUAUCAUAACCAAUCUAUAAAUUAAGUUACCUAAUACAAUUCCUUCAAUGGCUGAUGUCUAUCAUUGUCAGCAAUAUUCACUACAAUAAAUCCCAGUGAAAUCUCAGAAGAGUAGUGGCCUGUUGAGGUCGAAGGGACAGGCUGCUGACAGGUUGGCACAUGUACAUGGAUGAGCAUAUAAAAACAUGGAUAUCUCUAUUUUAAAGUAUCCUUUUUCUCAUAAUGAGACUGAAGCUUCCAGUAGAAAAUUGAGAGAUCAGUUUGGCUACUUGUUUUCUUAUUGAUUCUGAAGAGAGUUGAAGCCACAUGCUGGCUGUUGUCUGCCUCGCUAAUUUCUCACUUAGAGACAGCUUGAAACUGAGCAGUUACAGGCACCAGGAGAGGAAGGCUGCCUGGUACUUCAAGCAGAACUGAGAGUUAGCAAAGGCAAAUCCAGGAAAUGGCCAUGCCAGCUAAAGGUUAUGUACUUCUGGCAUCACUUUAAAAACGAGCAGUGUUGCUUCUGGCUCUGCUUCCCUGUACUUUUUAUAUUUUAAAGCAUAGAUCUCAUAAUAUUGAGACUCACAUACAUAUAUCAUUGGAAUUUUAAUGCCCAUGGUUUGAGAAAAAUCCAUAAUGGAAAUUAAAAUGUUGAUAACACUUUUAAAUGUGAAUUUGAUUUCUCAAAGACAUCUAAAUUCAUUGGAAAAAUAGCUUUAUAUAUCUUCUUAAACAUAUUUAUUUAGUCGAAAGCUGGAAAAACCCAUGUCAUGUUCCCUCUGACCAGUGGGAACAGCUUUGCAGCCUCUCAAGAAUCCAAGGACCACUGUUGUCUUUUCAAAUGGCUGGUUUGGUUGAAUUUUCCAUUACCGAUCAGAUGCUACGCAUCUUCAUACCUUAAAAUACCUACCACCGUUCCCCAAAACACUCACACAUGUUUGAGCACACAGACACAGACACACACACACAUGCAUGCACAUAUACAUGCACAUCCACUCAUACAUGCACAUGCAGUACACACAUACAUGCACAUGCAUGCACACAGAUACAGGCACGUGCAAACACAUACAUGUGCAUGAACGAGUGCACUCAUGCACACGCACAUACAUGCACACACAAUAUGCCAAAUACAUGCACAUUCACACAUAUGCACAACAUGGUGAACUAAAACCUUAGAAACCAUGUGGUAAAUUUGAUCAAAGUAAAAAGUAAUCAAUGAACAAAACUUAGCAAGGGCUUACCGCCUUAAUUGGAAGUCUAGAAUCAAUAAGUUACUUGUAAACUCAUAAUUUACAUUUUAUUCUGGAAAAGUCAACAUGCUUUCAACCAUACCUUUUUUAUUUCAAUCUUAGUUUGAAGUUCAAAUCAUUCUAUUAUCUCUACUCAAGCAUCAACUUCACUGAAAAUAUGAACCAUCUUAAAAUAUUAAUCCAUAAAAUUUAAUGUUACUAUUUAUAAUAUAAUAAUCCUAUAAUAAAAUGUCUGUGUUGACUACAGCACUCUGAAUGUUGGAAUACAAGUUCUCAUCAAUUUAAUAGGAAUUAAGUUAUAAAUAUUAGUGUAUAUAUUCCCAUUAUAUGCCAAAAAAUACACACACACAUAUCCACAUAUGCCCUUGUUUUAUGGGAAUUUAUUAAAGAUAAAAGAAGUAUAGGUAUGUAUAUGGAUAUGAAUGGGAAUUUAUGUUUUCAUAUUAAUGGAAAUGUAUUAAUAAUUAUCAUACACUUUAUAUUGGCAUAUAAAUUCUCAUUAGUUUAAUGGGAAUUAAAGAAGAAAUGAGUUUCCACUAAGUCAUUCCUCUUUUUGCAGAACAUAUCCCGAACUUCUCACCUAAGUAAAUAAUAAUUCUAACCAAAAUGACAAGUGAUCUUGUUUUUAUUUUGCUAUUAUAUGAAAAAAGAAACCAUUUUGCAAACAGAGCUUUAUAAAAAGAAACUUCAAAAUCUAUCAAAUGUAGCAAAUAAACAAGUUUUAUUUUAAAGUGUGAAUUUAAACAUUAGGUGCUAUGUUACUUGUCAUCAAUUUUUUUUAAUAUUCAUGACAGAUUUUUGCUAUCCAAUAAUUUCUGCUAGAAAAGAGAAGGUAUGCUGUCAGUUUUUAAUUACUUUUGAAAUUGAGUCAACUAAUAACAUUUAAUUUUAAGACAUACCAAUAAUAUUUCAGUGGCAAAAAAUAAAAUAAAAUAAAACUGUUGUUAAGAAUCUACUUGGUUAGAGUCUGUCAUAAUUAAAUUCACAUAUUCUAAACAGAUUCAUGCCCACAAACUACCUUCCUCCCCAGCAACAGACAGGGCAACAGAAUUGUUCCUUCUUUACUCUGUAGCUUCAAAUUAAACCUAACAUGACCAAUCAGUCCUCUACCCAUGCAUCUCUCGAAUGUGUUCCUGGUCUGACAGAAGAGCAGAAUUUGAUCUCUUUUUUGAAAACAUCAGGAUAAAAUGAGAGCUGGAGUCCUGCCCCCACGGCAGGAUAACAUUUUAAUUCACAUCUGUCCAAAUACCUAAAGAGCAAAUGGAAAUGCCAACCAGUAGCAUAAGAAAGUUCUAGGAGAGCUCAUAUUUGACAGGUUUUGUAUCCAAAUAAAUGAAAACAUAACCACAUUUUUCAAAACAUAGUAUGAAAUCCAUAGACUUAACAAUGAGCAGAACUUGUUUCUUGUGCUUGUCUUUCAGACCUUUUCCCACAUCUACCUUUCAAAAAUACUUCCCUGGGAAUCUGUUUCAUCCAUAUGCCCCUACGAGGAAAAUGAGAAACAAAUACAUAUAUUGCUCAUUGUAUUAAUACACAAAGAAUAAUAUUUAAAAACAUACAACAUCCUUUUCAUUGUGAUGUCUGGAAGUUUUCCUUCAAUAUUCUGUUUAUUCCAUUUUAAUUAAGGUACUAACCCCAUCAUAAUGUCUUUUUAUUAUUGAAAACAUAAGUACCUUCACUUUCAGUAAAGACUAAGCUAUCAUUUUAUCAUUAUGCACAUUUCCAGGUAGGACAAGAUGUUCAGAUGUAGCUUUCAAAAGAAUUACCUGAUUCAUCAUGAUGGUCUCAUAUGCAGAUCAAAAUGUUGACUAGAAUAUCAAACAGUAAGCACAUCACUAAAUUCUUUCUACAUCAUUCCUAUUUGACUGUUUAAGACAGUUGUAUGUAAAAAUAAUAUAAAUGUUUGCAUUGCAUUACUCUUGAUGUGCCAGAACCCAUAAAUGUUUUGGGUUGUAUUGUGAUAUUCUUGCAUGUAAUGUAUGAUAUUUACAUAUAUGACUAAUAAAGAAAACCUAAUAGUGAUGCAAGUCUAA